ACCGCAGAGGCGAACAAAAAAAAAAAAAAAAAAACAAAACCGCAGAGGCGGACACGUCACUUUAGAGCAUGUAUAGACGGAAAGUCUAUAAAGAAAGACAAAGGUCAUCUGUAACUUCCAAAGGGAAAAUUUAAGCAAGUUUAACUGUGCUGGACAAAACUGUUGAUGAUGGAGAAGUGGGAUAUUCCCCAAUUUAAGUUGAAAUCGUUUCCCCAAAAUUUAGUCCGGAACGAAUGGGUCAAGUAUAAAAGAAAUAUUGACUACAUAAUCGCGGCGACAGGAGAAACUGAUCGCACACGGAUUAAGAACAUCUUUUUGGCCAAAGCUGGACCAGAAUUGCAAGAAAUCUUUACUUCUAUUCCUGGAGCAGAUGUACAGGAAGACCCCGAGAAAUCAAUCGAUCCAUUCGCAGUGGCAAUAAACAAGCUAGACGAGUAUUUUUCGCCGAAACAGCAUGAAACUUUUGAACGAAACAUGUUUUGGACACUGAAACCAGAAACAGAGGAAACACUAGGGAAGUUUAUGCUUCGAUGUCAAGACCAAGCUGCGAAGUGUAACUUUGGUAGUAAUGCUGAAGAGAGUCGGGCUAUCAGCGUGGUUGACAAGGUGAUUCUAUACGCUCCGAGCGAUCUCAAGGAACAGCUGCUGCAAAAAGAUGUUUUGAAACUGGACGACGUUACCAAAAUUGUCAGCUCGUAUGAAUCAGUGAAACAGCAAGCGAAAUCGUUUAGUCUUCCAGGAACAAGUUUUUCUAGUGAUACCGAUUGCAUACCGUUAUCCAACGUGAAUAAGGUUAAACACAUGACGAAUAAAGGAUGCACACGAUGCGGUCGAAGCGGCCACUUCGCAAAUGACUCUGCUUGCCCGGCAAGAUUGAAGGAAUGUAUAAAAUGUAAGCGAAUCGGACAUUUUGCCGCGCAAUGCCGAUCUCUACCUGCACUGAAGCAUAAACAGUUUCCAAAGCAAGAGUCAAAAUGGCAAGGUAAACGAUUCAAGUCACACCAAGUGAACGAGAUAGGAACAUCAGAUGACAAUGAAAGUAAAAACUUUCUGUUUAGUAUCAGCGAUGGAGGCGAGCUAAUUAGAAUCAAGCUGGGUGGAGUAGUACUGCAGGUGCUCGUGGACUCUGGGUGCAAGAAAAACAUAGUGGAUGAACAAUCUUGGAACUACAUCAAAGCGAAUGGGGCAAAGAUAUGGAACCAAACAAAGAACUGUGACGAGGUAUUUCUACCAUAUGGUGAAAAUGCGAAGCCGUUGACACUUUUGGGAAAAUUCGACGCAACUGUAUCCAUAAAUGACAUUGGCAAGAUCCAUGAAACCAUAGCUACAUUUUAUGUAGCCAAAGGUGGUCAACAGUGCUUAUUAGGCCGAGUCACUGCCACUGACUUAGGCGUCCUUUUUAUCGGUUUACCGAGUACUCAUGGAGUUAACGCAAUAAAAACCACGGGAGUUCAGCCAUUUCCCAAAAUUAAGGGUAUCCAGGUUAAAGUACCGAUCGAUGAAUUUGUACAACCAGUAUGCCAACCACCAAGGCGGCCUCCCAUCGCCCUCAUGACGAAAAUUGAAGAUAAAUUGAAUUCGCUGUUGGCUAGUGAUAUCAUAGAGCGCGUUGAAGGUAGCAGUCCGUGGGUAUCUCCAUUGGUAACAGUGGUUAAAGAUAACGGGGAUCUUCGAUUAUGCGUUGACAUGCGCAGAGCAAAUAUGGCCAUUGUGCGGGAACGACACAUAAUGCCAACAAUCGAAGAUUUCCUACCAAGAUUCACAUCUGCAAAGUGGUUUAGCCGGCUUGAUGUGAAAGAAGCGUUUCAUCAAGUGGAGCUUGAAAACGGAAGUCGUUACAUAACAACUUUUAUAACCCACAUGGGACUUUUUUCGAUAUAAGCGUCUGAUGUACGGUAUAGCUUGUGCACCAGAGCUAUUUCAAAGAAUCCUUGAACAAAUUCUGAGUCCUUUUAGCAAAAAUGUGGUUAAUUUUAUAGACGACAUUCUGAUAUUUGCUAGCACAGAACAGGAACACGAUAGAGUACUCGACGCAGUGUUGUCAACGCUGAACAAAUAUGGAAUGCUGUUAAAUCAGGGUAAAUGCGUGUUCAAAGUUUCGGAAUUAGAAUUCUUAGGACAUGUUAUAUCUCCUGACGGAAUCUGCCCUUCGAACAGUAAGGUUGAAUGUCUUCAAAAAUUUCGUGCUCCCAGCACCUCGGAAGAAGUUCGGAGUUUCCUGGGGUUGGUGACAUACAUUGGUCGGUUCCUACCGAAUUUGGCGACAAUAACUGCUCCACUCCGUGAACUGACUCAUUCUGGAGUCAAAUUUAUUUGGGGUGAAAAACAACAAACAUCUUUCGAAAAGCUUAAGGAGCUGAUAGGCAAUGUGCAACACUUGCGAUUCUUCGACAACACUUUGCGGACCAGGGUUAUCGCUGAUGCUUCACCGGUGGCGCUCGGAGCUGUUCUUUUACAGUUCAAAGGACCCACCGAUGAUGAUCCACGACCAAUUGCCUACGCCAGUAAAAGUCUCACAUCGACAGAGAAACGUUAUUGUCAGACCGAAAAAGAAGCUCUCGCGCUGGUCUGGGCCGUGGAGCGUUUUUCCGUAUAUCUCUUGGGGCGAAAGUUUGAAUUGGAAACCGAUCACAAACCAUUAGAAGCAAUUUUCAAACCGACGUCCAGGCCAUGCUCGCGGAUUGAACGAUGGGUGCUUAGGCUCCAGUCGUUUUCAUUUGUAGUUAAAUAUCGUAAAGGCAUCAAUAAUGUGGCGGAUCCAUUUUCAAGAUUGGUUGAGGAACAACCGCCAAAAGAGUUUGACGCUGAAAGCAAGUUUAUGGUGCUAGCAGUUCUGGAAUCAGCGGCGAUCGAUGUUCAGUUGCUUGAGGAGAGGUCUAGCGCUGACGCUACUUUGGGAGCCGUUAAGCAAUGCCUACAUACCGGAAACUGGGAUAUACAGCUAGUUAAGCCUUUCACUCCUUUCAAGAACGAAUUAGGAUUCAUCGGAGAUCUAGUAGUCAGAGGAAAUAAAUUAGUUGUACCAGAUUGUUUAAGACAACGCAUGCUAGAUUUGGCUCAUGAGGGCCACCCAGGUGAAUCAGUGAUGAAACGACGCCUGCGUGACCGUGUUUGGUGGCCUGGAAUGGACCGGGAUGCAGAGAAACAGGUUAAAGCAUGUGACGGAUGCAGACUGGUGAGUUUGCCUAAUAAACCAGAACCAAUGAGCCGUCGUGAGAUGCCUUCAAAGCCAUGGAUUGAGGUAGCCGUAGAUUUUCUCGGCCCAUUACCUUGUGGAACCUAUUUACUUGUGAUUAUCGAUUACUACAGCCGUUACAAGGAGGUGGAGACGAUGGCCAAAAUAACUGCGAAAGAAACCGUCGAAAGACUUGACCGAAUAUUUAGUCGACUCGGUUAUCCACAAACAAUCACUUUAGAUAACGCGAAGCAAUUUGUUGGAACUGAAUUAGAUGAGUACACCAAAAUUAAAGGAAUUACCCUCAGACACUCAACUCCAUAUUGGCCACAAGAAAAUGGAUUGGUUGAGCGUCAAAAUCGCUCCCUAUUGAAACGCCUUCAGAUCAGCCAUGCUCUAAGCAGGGAUUGGCGGCGGGAUCUCCGUGAAUAUUUGCUGAUGUAUUACACCACGCCGCAUUCGA